AUCAAUUUCAAACUGGCCUUGAACAGUAUUUCUAAAGUUCACAAAACAUGUGAGAAUGCUUGUUGUCAAGAAUACGAAUGCUGAGAUAAUUAAUUAAAUGAGUCUUUCAAAAAUAUGCUCAGGAUUCUCCAACAGAGGAGUUCACCUGAUAUCUUCAUUAAAUUUACUAUCGCGUUCUUCAUUAAGUAAGCCUAAUAAAAUCAUAAAGUUUCUAGAGAGGGGCGUGAGAGAAGUUAAAAAAUGUAAAGAGAGCAAACGAUCACCUAUAAUUUUUAAGGGAUUGGCUGGAAUAUCUAUUCUUUCAACUUUAGGAAGGUCCAAAUUCGUGGCAAGAUGCGAUAACAAUCAUCUAACAAGAAAUCGAGUUACUGUUCUAAAAUCGGAGGAUGAGGAGCAUCCAUUUAAUUGGCGUCUUUUUCUAUCUUUCCUUUGCUCCUACAUUGGAUAUCUAAUUGCCGCUAUUGCUAUGGCACUUGCUGUAGCAAUUGUAAAUAUUCAAAUUCCACUUCAAUUAGGAAAAAUUGUUAAUGUAAUAUCUGAGGCAAAUAAGAACACUGAUAAAAAUAUACUAUACUCUCUUAUUGGACCAGCAAAGAAGAUGAUAGGAUAUUAUAUUGUGCAGGGUAUUUUAACUUUUUCUUACAUUACAUGUAUUGGAUAUGUUGGAGAAAGUGUAGCAAAUGACUUAAGAAAGGAUCUCUUUCAUUCUAUAAUAAAUCAAGAUAUAUCGUUCUUCGAUGAACGAAGAACAGGUCAAUUAGUUGAUAGAUUAACUUCUGAUGUUCAAGAAUUUAAAAGCACUUUUAAGCUCUGUAUUUCGCAAGGAAUCCGAUGUAUAACUCAGAUAGUUGGAUGUAGUCUAGCUUUAUGGAAAGUCUCUAGCGAACUGACUCUGACUCUUGGUAUUCUUCUACCAACUUUAAUUGGUAUAGGUACAGGUCUAGGGUCUGUAUUACGCAAGCUGUCUAAGAGAGCUCAGAAUCAAGUUUCAAAAGCAACUGGUGUAGCUGACGAAGCCAUAUCUAAUAUUCGAACCGUACGAGCUUUUGCAAUGGAACAUGAAGAAGAAAGACUUUAUGAAAGAGAACUCGACCUAGCGACAAAGUUAAGUAUAAAACUUGGAUUUGGAAUUGGCAUUCUACAAGGCCUUUCAAAUAUAACUCUUAACGGUGUCGUUCUGGGAACUCUCAUGAUAGGAGGUUAUUUAAUGUCGCAAAAUAAGAUAGACGCCGGAGAUCUUAUGUCAUUUCUUGUUGCUUCUCAGACGAUUCAAAAGUCGCUUACUCAGCUACUUUUACUUUCAGGUCAAACUGUUAGGGGUUAUACAGCGUGCGGUCGUGUUUUUCAAUAUUUGGAGUUACCAUCCCUGUUAGGCAGUUCAACUUCAAGUGGCCUAAAAAUCGACCACCUACAAGGCAAAGUUAUAUAUGAUAAUGUUACAUUUUCCUAUCCAUCUAGAAAAGAAGCUGUAGUAUUGAGAAAUUUAAACGUUGUUCUCCCGGCUGGUAAGAUGGUUGCACUCUGUGGUUUAUCCGGUAGCGGAAAAUCGACUAUUGCCUCUCUGUUGGAAAGAUUUUACGAUGUGGAUGAAGGAUCCAUCCUAAUUGACAACGAAAAUAUAAAAGAUUUAGAUCCUAAGUGGCUAAGAAGGAGAGCAAUAGGAUACAUAAGUCAAGAGCCUGUUUUGUUUGCUACAUCCGUUAGAGAGAAUAUUCGUUAUGGUCGCCCGGAAGCUUCAGAUGAGGAAGUAGAAGACGCUUCGAAAAAGGCUAACGCUCACCCCUUCAUUAGUGAAUUUCCGGAGGGUUACGAUACAAUUUUGGGAGAAAAGGGUCAAACAGUGUCUGGAGGGCAGAAGCAGAGAAUUGCCAUCGCAAGAGCCUUACUAAAGGAUCCUGCUAUUUUAAUCUUGGAUGAGGCUACUAGCGCCUUAGACACCGAAUCAGAAAGAAUUGUGCAAGAGGCCCUCGAUAAAGCCGUUAAAGGGCGCACUGUUUUAGUAAUUGCUCAUCGACUUACAACAAUUCGUAACGCUGAUAUAAUUCACGUUUUGUCAAAAGGGGAAAUUGUUGAGAGUGGAAACUACGAGAGCUUGAUAAAAAAGCGCGGAGUUUUUUGGGAGUUGAUGCAACGUCAAAAUAAUGACAGUAACAUAAUUGAGUAAUAUAUAGAUAAGUUUGUCAAAGAACCUUCUAGGCAGAAUAAGUUGUAUUUUUUUCUGUCAUUUAAGUUUAUUGAGUAGAUCAAGCUGCCGUUACCUGUUAUUAGUGCAACUCUCUGUAGCAUUAAAAUAGAAUCGACCAACUCCAUCUACUAUCAAAUAUCAUCAAUUAAUUCUUUGGUAAAAUUUCUACGCUAAAGAUUAUUCCUUAUCACGUAGAGAGAUAUUUCUGUCUUCCUUAAAUCUUUAAAUUGUAUCCGAAUAAAGUAUAAUAUUACCAUCAACUGGCACUGCUUAAUAAGGCUUUUGGUCUCAUUAAAGCAUAUCCGACUUAAAACUAAAAUUUUUUAGAAAAAUUCCAUUCCUCUAAAAUCAUUUUCCUUCUUCUUAUUUCUCUCUCUCUAUCAUCUUAUCUUACAUCUCAUUAGUUUGUGUUUUUCUAGCCUUUCAGCAAAUUAUUUUAUUUAAAAAAAUAAUCCUUUAAAUCUAAAUAUAAGAUUAUCUCUACCGGCAUAAUUAUUAUUAUUUCCCGUACCAUUAGGCAAUUAAGUUAAGUUUUUAUGACGUUCCAAAAGCGGAAAAAUACAACCAGCAGAAACGGUAAUUAUGUCUACGUUGGCCUACUAAAAAAAUGACUGACUGAACGGUUGACUGGAAGAUGAUGCUUGUGUAAUAUUUACUCAUCUUAUAUAGAAAUUAUAAAAAGGACUUGUACCCCAAGAUCUGUGGUCUACUAUCAAUAUGCUA